AUGCCAACUCUUCUACCACGCUCAACAGCUCCAAAGUCCAUCUUCGACGUGGAUGACAACAAUCAAGGGCAACCACAAGCCAAUGCUUCUACUUCAUCAACACAAACCCACAAUGACCCCUACGCCUCCACCAGAAAACCCGAGUUGGACCCAGAAGUCUCAAGUGUAUUCACCCAAUCCACCAUCGGCCCCUCGGAGUCAAUCCACCAAGGCCAACAACCCUCAUCUUCCCGCUUCAACUUCCUCAAACGCAACAAGUCAAAGUCCGAGCAACAACAAGAAGCCUCCCUACUUCCCAACAACAGCGACGGCGCAAACACCGAAGCGAAAGAGGGUAAGAAGAAGAGCAGAUUUGAGAAUCCGUUCAAGCCUCAUGUGCAGACUGAUGAAGAUAGAGCUAUUAUGGAGAGAAUGCGAGAGAGGUUGGGGAGUAGAGAGGAGGCGAUUAGACAGGGAGGUGCACAGCCAGCAGGUUAUCGUGGCUACGGAGGAGGCCAGGCCAUGGGUGGAGCUUGGACUGGCGGUAUGUAA